UCAUAGUCGGUGCUGUGGCCCUCGGGCGGGAGGUCGGCAUUCCACGUUGUGGACAUGGAGCGCGAAUCUGGGCGACGACGGGUUCCACCCUUUGUGAGGCGUAUGCCUGUUGAUGGCGAUAAUGUAGGCGGCGAGCAGCCCGAGCAGCGACCCGCUGCCGAGACUGGCCCAGGCACGCGACCGGUGUUCCCGCCAGAAGACAGUGACGACAUGGAAAUGAUGGAUUAUGCCGAGGAAGGCCAGCCACGCAAGCGACAGAGAAUCAGAAGAGGCGCAGCCGGCGUGGCAGGCCGCGGCGCAGCGGCGGAGCCAGCAGCAGGUGGCACCCGGGCGGAGCCACGGCCCCAGUACCCUUACCAGAUGCGCGAUGGGGUGAUAUACGCCCCGUGGCGGACCGAGCCGGCGGCGGCAGACUUCGGCGGCGGCGGCGGCAGUGGCGGCAUAGGUGGCGCUGUCACAGGCGGCGGCGCAGGUGGCGGUGUCACAGGUGGCGGCGCAGGUGGCCGCACAGGUGGCGGUGUCACAGGUGGCGGCGGCAGCCGCCGCCCCGAACGCCGCCCCGACCCAGAUGGCGGGCGUGCCGCCAAAGAGGUCAUCGUGGUCAGCGACUCCUCAGACGAAAACGGCGACGAGGAGGAGGCGGAACGCGGGGCCGGCCGCGGGCGGCGCCGCCUGCCCCCCGGGUUGGAGCGCUACGGCCCGCCGCGGAUUAGGGUGCAUGUUGUUGAGCGGGGGGAGUCCGAGAUCCACAAGAAGAUCGCUGCGGCCCUCCGCGCGCACGGCCACGACGCCGCCGGCGUUGACGUUAAGCCAGCCAUCCCGGCCGCGGCGGCGGCGGCGGCGGCGGCGGCCGCGGCUGCAGCGCCUGUGGGAGCUGCGGCUGGUGGUGGUGCUGGCGACGGUGCUGGUGGUGGUGCUGGCGGCGGUGCUGGUGGUGGAGCGGCGGCGGCGGCGGCGGCGGAUGCUGGCGCCGCCGCCGACGGCCCCGCCACGCGCACGCGCCUCCACACCCGCACCUCCUCCCGGAUGGCGGCGGCCGCAAUCACCAACGCCGCCAUCGGCGCCAAGAGGGCGGCGCGCAGCGCGCGGGCGCAGGCCGGCGGCGGGGGCGGCGGCGGCGGCGGCGGCGGCGGCGGCGGAGCCGCUGUGCCCGGCGCGGCGGGUGCUGCUGGGGCCGCGCGGGCUGCUGCGGGGGCCGCGGGUGCUGCGGGCGCCGCGGGCGCUGCAGCGGUCAAUGACGGCGCUGGGCCGUCCUCUGCGGGCGCGGCGGCGGCGGCGGCGGCGGCGGCGGCGGCGGCGGCGGCGGCGGCGGGCGGCUCAGCAGGGGCGGCGGCAGCUGGAGGCGGUGCAGGUCCGAGCGGGCGGGGUGGCGCCGGUGGAAGCGGUGCCGCCGGCGGCAGUGGCGGCAGUGGCGGCGCCGGCGGCAGCGGGCCGCUGCAGACGUGCGGCAUAUGCCUGGACGAGCAGCCGCCGUCGGAGUUCCACACGAUCUCCGCCUGCGGGCACCGCUUCUGCCGCGGCUGCCUGUCGCGCCACGUGCAGCUGGCGGCGCGGGAGCGGGUGUUCCCGGUGCGCUGCCCGCAGCCGGGGUGCCGCGGCCCCGGCGUGGGCGUGGCGGAGGGCAUGGCGCUGCUGACGGAGCCGGCCGACCGCGACAAGCUGCAGAUGCUGGAGGUGGAGUCCAGCCUGCCGGCGCACCUCAAGUUCUACUGCCCCAACCCCGCAUGCAGCCUGCUCAUGGUGCUGGACGAGGACCCGCCGGUGGAGAACCUGCCGGUGCGCUGUCACGGCUGCCGCAAACAGCUGUGCGCGAGGUGCCGCGUGGUGUGGCACUCCGGACUGUCGUGUGCCCAGCACCGGGCGCUGGAGGAGGCUCAGGGCGCGGCGGGCGGCGGCGGCGGCGACACGGCGGCGCUGGGGGCGCUGGCGGGCGAGCGGGGCUGGAAGCCGUGCCCACAGUGCCGCGCGCUGGUGGAGCUGGCCCACGGCUGCAACCACAUCACCUGCAAGUGCGGAGCCGAGUGGUGCUACAAGUGCGGCGCGCUGUGGCGGCGGCCGGCGGCGGGCGCGGCGGGCGGCAGCCGAGUGCGCGCCAUGCCCACAUGCAGCUGUCGGCUUUGGGACGACUCCAACCGCCAACUGGAGGCCGAGUUCCGCCAGCGCUGGUAUGAGCGGCACGGCCUGGCCCCGGACGCGGCGCGGCGGCGCGCCGUCAACGAACUGCAGAACAUGGGGAUUCUCCCGCGGGCGGCGGCGGCGGCGGCGGCGGCGGGCGGUGCCGCAGGCGCCGCGGCGGUGCCGGCAGCAGCGGCGCCGGCAGCAGCGGCAGCGGCCGGCGGCGGCGGCGGCGGCGGCGGCCGGCAGGUCGUACACAUCCGCAUUCCACGGGAUGUGCGUUGGUUGGGAGGCGCACCCGACGGCGGCGGCGGGCACGUGCCUGCCGAGCUGGAGGCGCGGCUGCGGCGGUUGGGCGUGUACGACAUGCUUAUGGAGGUGGCGGGCGACGUACGGCGACAGUUACGGCAGGAGCAGCAGGCGGCGGUUGGCGGCGGCGCGGCGGCGGCGGCGGGUCGGCGGGUGCUGGGGCGCCGCACCCGCGUGGGCGUUGUGAAGCAGGAGCCGGGGCUGGAGGAGCAGGGGCAGCCGGGGCCGGGGGGCGGCGCGGCGGCGGCAGCUGGUGGUGGCGGCGGCGGCGCUGGCGGAGCAGGCGGUGCUGGAGGUGGUGGUGGUGGUGGGGGUGGGGGUCGUGCGAAUGACGCGCUGGACGAUGCUGCGGUGGAGGCGGCGGUGCGGCAGCUUAUCAACGGCUACCGCUUUUUGGUCGUGGCGGCGGCGGACGCGUUGGAGCGCGGCGACGGCCCCGGACACGUGGCCGUUGCACGAAUGCGGCAGCAUGGCCGUUGGGUGAUAGAGAGGGCGCUGCGCCGGGCAGCGCUCAUGGCGCCGCCGCCGCCGCCGGUGGGGCUGCAGGCCGCGGCGGCGGCGGCGGCGGCUGGCGCGGCGGCGGCGGCGGCGGCGGCGGCUGGCGAGGGCGCACAGGCGCGGCGCGCCGACGCCGGGGGCGCGAGGGGUUUCGACUUGGCACAGGCCAUGUGGGACCUGUUUGUGGAGCCAGUCGAAGCAGACACGGACGGUGACAACGUGAUCGCCCGCUAUAACCGGCGGCGCGAGCCGGCAGCUGCGGCGGCUGGCGCCGCCGCCGCCACCGGGGCCGCCGCCGCCGCCGCCGCCGCCGGUCCCGCUCGCGCGCGGGCGGCUGCGGAGGUGGAGGCGGCAGAGGCGAAGGCGGCAAACGCUCAGGACCGCUACCGGCGUGCCGUGCAGGAGCUCGAGGAUCCGGAGCCGCUGCCUCGGAUCCGGGGGCGGGCGGACGUGGCGGGCGGCGCGGCGGCGGCGGCGGCGGCGGCCGAGCGCAAGCAAAGGGCGCUAGCGGCGCUGGAAGCGGCCCGGCGGCGUGCGGCGGCGGCGCGGCUGGGGAAGCAGGAGCUCGAGGAUCCGGAGCCGCUGCCUCGGAUCCGGGGGCGGGCGGACGUGGCGGGCGGCGCGGCGGCGGCGGCGGCGGCGGCCGAGCGCAAGCAAAGGGCGCUAGCGGCGCUGGAAGCGGCCCGGCGGCGUGCGGCGGCGGCGCGGCUGGGGAAGCAGGGCCCUGCCGCCGCCGCCGCGGCGGCAGCUCCUCAGACGAGGGCCGCCGAGUCCGUCAACGGCCCAGGGGCGCGGAGAGCGGCGGCGGCUGCUGGCGGCGGCGGCGCGGCGGCCGCCGGCAGUGCCGGAGAGGUAAUGCAGACGCGCCGGCCCGCCCGCCCGGUCCCGGCAGGAUUGGGCGCGGGUGCGGGGCUGGGCGAGCGGCCUCGCCGGCGCCGCGGCGGUGGCGGCGGCGGCGGCGGCGGCGGCGGCAGUGACAGCGACGGCGGCGGGUGGUUGGAAUGGGGCUUUGAGGACGUCUGCCUCCAGCUGGAGGUGGCGGAACGCGCCGGCCGUACCGCUGCGGGGGACGCCGGCGGGACCAGCCGUGCGGGCGCCGAGGGUGACAGCCGAACGGCGGCGGCGGCGGCGGCCGGCCGCCGGAGCGCCGCCGCCGCCGCCGCCGCCGCCGCCCACGGCAGCGCCGGAGCGGCGCGGCACGGCGUCAAGCAGGAGCAGCAGUCGGCGGCGGCGGCGGGUGCUGAACAGGGCCCGAACCGUUUUGUUGAUUUCUUGGCUGGCAUGCUGUUCCAAGACGCGGGUAACGCAGCCCGGCGCGGCGGCGGCGGCGCGGGGGCGGCGGCCGGCGCGCCGGCAGCCGCAGUGCCGCCGGCACAACCCCCGCCUGCGGCAGCGGCAGCAGCAGCGGCGGCGGCGGGAGCCGCGGCCAAGUCCGCCGCGGCCAGGCGCCGCCGUCGCAGCCCUGCGCCCUUCUCUGCCGCUGCUGCUCUGCCCGCCAGGGUCCGCCAUGAUGCGCGCGCUGGCAGGCCUGGCGCCGCCGGCGGCGGCGCGGGCGGCCCUGGCGGCGCCGGCGGCAGUGGCGGUGGCAGCAGUAACAGUAGCAGUGAAGAUGAGCUGGGCCGAAUGCUCCGCCUGAUCGGCGACACCUCCUCCUCAGACGACGACGGUAACGACGGCGCCGGCGCCGGCGGCGCUGGCGGCGCCGCCGCCGCCGCCGCAGGAGGCGCCAAGCGGACGCAGUUCGUGCCACUGCCGGCUCCGGCCGCUGGCGGCGGCCCGGGCGACCGGCGCCGCCGCCGCCGCGCGAUCCGGCGUGGCGCCGCUGGCGGCGAUACGGCACUGGAUGCGAUUCCUGUGUACGGCAGUGACGACGAUGACGACGCGCUGCUUGGCGGCCCCGGGGCACCCGAGCUGGCGGCGGCGGCGCCUCCGCCGCCGCCGGUGCAGAAUCCAGCCGCGGCGGCGGCGGCGCCGCCGCCGGCGGCGGCCGCCAAAGCGCGCGGCGGCGCCGCUGGCGGCGGCGGCGGUGGCGACGGCGGCGCGGACGGCGAGGCGCGCGAUGACGAUGGCGGCGUGGCUGCGGGGCAGAGGUCGCUGGCGAGGGCGCAGGCGGCGGUGGCGGACGCGCACGCGCGGGCGCGGGAGCGGCACCAGGCCAUCGCCGAGCAGAUGCGGGCGCGGGUCGAGGUGCUGCUGGAGGCGGCGGCGAGAGCGCGGGCGGAGGCAGAGAGAGUGCGGGUGGAGGCGGAGACAGUGCGGGCGGAGGCGCAUGGCGUGCGGGCGGAGGCGCAUGGCGUGCGGGCGGAGGGCCUGCGUGCCGGCCGGCAGCUGCAUAGAGCCUCGCCCGCAGCCGCCAACACACGUGGUUCCGCAGGCAAAGGCGCCGAGUGCGGGGCGGGGCUGGCGGCGCCAGGCGCCCCUGCCGCCGCCGCCGCUGCUGCCAACGACAUCCCGCCGCCGCAGCCGGCGCCGGAUGUACUGCCGCUGCUGAAUGUACCGCUUCCGCCGCCGCUGCCGCUUCCCCACGGCGGCAUAGGCGAUGAGUUUGACGACGCCCUGAACGCGUUCCAGGAGGCGGUGGCGGCACCGGCGGCGGGGGGCGUGCAGGGCAUGUUUGACCAGUUUGACCGCAUGAUGGAAGAGGCACGUGUGGAGGGGGAGGCCCUGCUGCAGGCCGAUGUGGCCGCACUCCAACAACAGCUGUGGGGGCCGCUGCCUGGCCGAUUGCUGGCGCAGCCGCCGCCGCCUCCGGCAGCCGCGGCGCCGGCAGCCGUGGCGCAGCCGCCUCCGGCGGCGCCUGCGGCGCCGCAGGCGCCGGCUGCGCCGCCGGCGCGGCCUGCGGCCGCCGGCGCAGCGCAGGCGGCGGCGGCGGAUGAUGGGUCGCGGCCGCGGGACGAGGUCAUGGAGCGGAGGAAGCGGUGGAUGGAGGAGCAAGCGGGGCAGCGGGCGGCGGCGCGCGAGGCGCAGGUGCAGCUGGCCAGGCAGCAGGCGGCGGCGCAGGCGGCGGGCGUUGGGGCGCGGGCGGCGGCGGCGGUGCGCGAGCGCAUGGCGAAGCUGGCGGGCGGCGCCGGCGCGCCAGCGGCACCCGCGGUGCCGGCGGCGGGUGGCGGGGCGGGUGGUGCGGGAGAAGGAGGGCGUGGUGCGGCUGGCGGGCAGCUGCCUAGGGCCGGCGCACCACACAUUCGCCUGCGUGGCCCCGACCCGGCUCUCGACGUUUUCAUGCACUGGCGAGGCUCAGGGCCCGGGGUUGCGGUGCGAGUGGGGGCAGGCGCAAGGCCCGGGGCGGCGGCGCGAGUGGGGGCAGGCGCAGGCGCUGGAGCAGGCGCUGGAGCAGGCGCCGGAGCAGGGGGCGUAGCGGGAGGAGCAGCGGCGGGAAACACAGCGGCGGCGGGAGGAGCAGCGGCGGCGGGCGGAGCAGCAUCGACGGGCGGAGCAGCAGCGGCGGGUGGAGCACCAGCGGCGGGCGGAGCACCAGCGGCGGGAGCAGCGGCGGCGGCCGGAGGAGCGGCGGGAGGAGCAGCAGCGGCGGGAGCGGCGGGGUGUGUACCCGCACUGCUGGGCUUCUGGCGUGAUGACCGGGCUGUCCGUAUGAGGCUACGGGAGGCCUGGAAUCGAAUUGGGUUUCCUGACAUCCACGACAUUGGUGGUGAUGAGGUUUGGGAGACAGGGCGCAGCGGAGCGGCAGCCGCGCCCGCUGCCGCCGCCGGCGCGCCGCCGCCGCCCAACGCUGCCGCGCCCGCUGCCGGGGGCGAUGAGAACGCCGAGCGCGCCGCAAAGCGGCGCCGCCUCAACCCUGGCGCUGCCGCUGCGCCUGCGCCCGCGGCUGCAGCGGCGGCCCCGGCGCCGGUGGUGCUGCAGGUGGUGGUGCAAGUGGUGCACCCAGGGGGUGUGGCGGGAAUAGCGCCGGAGGCCUUGGCGGCACUGCAGGAGCAGCUGCAGGGGCUGCUGCAGCAGCUGCAGACGCAGGGUCAGGGUGCGGCUGCGGCUGCGGGCUCUGGUGCGGCUGCGGCUGCAGGCGCGGCUGGGCUGCCUGGUGGUGGCAAUGGUGCCGCGGGCUCGGGUGGGGUGCUGGUUGCCCCCGUCCUGGUGCUGCCGCCAGCGCCGCAGCCUGCCGUGCAAGGGCCGCAGCCUGCCAUGCAAGGGCCGCAGCCGCUGCUGCUCGUGCCGCCGCCCGCCGCGCCUGCUGCCGCAGCGGAGGCAGGGGCCGGCGCAAGCGCCACUGCUGCACCGGCGGCGGCAGGCGCGGCAGUGGCGCCUGCGGCGGUGGCGGAGCCGCAGCCCAAUGAGGCAGUCGCAGCUGCGCCUGCAGCCGCCGCAGCCGCCGCAGCCGCCGCGGGUUUUGGUGCCGGAGAUGGUGCGGAGCAGAGCCACCCGUAGUGGGACGGCAACGGGGGCGGGGGAGCGGCAGGGCUUGUGUGGGUCGUUGCACACGCGUGCCCAGUGCGCAGCGGUGGCUGUAGUGACAGCAUUUGAACGCAGCAGCAUCGGGCCGAGGAAGAGUACGAAUGUUUGGAUACUGCACGGUAUGAAUGCGACAUUACAAAAAAGGACUGCACGGCAUGGCGCUAUGGGCAAGGAGAGACUCUGCAUUGGGGUUCUGGCAGUAUGCAUUGGGGGUCUUCAGUAAGUGUGCAGUUGUGUAUUUGUGGAAAUUGGCGCAGUGUCGCGCGGGCUGGUGCCGUACAGUGCUGUGCCGCUGGGCUCGUGUCGGGUUCAGCAGUUCAUUUCAGCGUCAUAGGGCAGGCCAAACAUUUCGAUGUGCGGUGUACUGCGGGCGUCAAUGCCUUUGGGACUUUGGGACACAGCCAAACCGCUGCAGCAGCAAUGCAGAAGCGGCGCCGGGAGGAUUACCAAUGGGUAUUGGCACACACACGUGCGGACGACGACACGCGAGUGCGUGCCUCCCGCCCCCACCUCCUGCUGCCUGCAUAUGCUGGCGGCGCAACAUCCAACUUCCAACUGCAUCGCCGGGCAUUUGGACGGAGCGGAGUUCCAGGGUUCGCGGGCCGGCGGGCCCGCCGUGGGUGGCUUUGCCGGGUCCAGACGAGUCCAGUCGUGUUGUGUGUGUGUGUGUGUGUGUGUGUGUGUGUGUGUGUGUGUGUGUGUGUGUGUGUGUGUGUGUGUGUGUGUGUGUGUGUGUGUGUGUGUGUGUGUGUGUGUGUGUGUGUGUGUGUGUGUGUGUGUGUGUGUGUGUGUGUGUGUGUGUGUGUGUGUGUGCAUGCGUGUGUGUGCUCUGACGGCGGGUGAUAUCUUGUUUGUUGACGCGCAGGUAGUGUACAGAAUUGCAUCAGCAUAUGGCUCCGGAGCCAAUACUUUGAUAGGCUCGUACUGUCCAGCACUGUCGUCCUACGUAUGUGCGUGUCUUAGUGUGUAGCGCUCAUUCUGAAUGUUGGAAGUGUUGCGGGCUGUUUGCUGUUUCUUACGUGUGACGUACCCUGUAAGAUUUCAUGUUG